AUGACGGCUCCAAUGCUGUCCCCGACUGAGGCCAUUCCGCCCAUCAUGGUCACUAGUGUCACCACGGCGAUGGUCCCGAUGAUGCAACCCACGAUCAACAUAUCUCCCGCGCCGGAGAAGGAGAAGCGUGGUCGACGAGGACGAAAGAACGCCGUCGACAUUGUCGGCACGAAACAAAAGAAAUCAUUGCUUCUCGAUGAGCUGGGUGAUGCAUUGGUUGAUCAGAUGUACACCACUCCCGCUGCCUUGACCAAGCUACACGACCGGUUGGAUAUCUCCAGUACAUCCGUCGUGGAUCACCUUCGCAACAACUUCACCACAGAACUCACAGCCUCCUCGUGUGCCAGCUCACGUAGCGGCAGCAGUCGCACGUUGACAGGAGUCGAAAGUCACGGCACACCCCCAACCAGUCUAGAUGAGCGCGACGCACACGAGAUCGCCACAUCAACCGCAUCAACCGUUGCACCCACCGUAUCCAGCCACCACCGCCCCAGCAUGGAAUCUCUUCGCACCAGUCCUUCAAGUCACAGCAAAACAACUCCGGGCACUGCAGGUGCCGUCUUCUGCCUGGAAGACUUCUCCACAAUGUCCGCUAUUCAACGGCUAACCGCUCAAUACGGCCGCGUCGCCAACAUGGGCAUCCUCGACCACAGCUAUCGAUUUUUCGUCAAUCAAAGCCGCACCGGCGCCCUCUCCUUCAAGGUACGCAACCAAGUCGCCAUCGUCGGCGGCGAUCCCCUCUGCGAACCACACAUGAUCCCCUCCCUCCUCGCCGAAUUCGCCACCUACCGCCGUAAACACCACUGGGGUCUAGCCUUCAUGGGCGCCAGCGGUUCCUUUGUCCGUGACUUUGCCCGACCACAAGGCUGGACAACCAUCCGCUUUGGAACAGAGCGCGUCCUCAACCCACAAACAAAUGAGGUCCUGCUGGAGCGCAGCGGGAAACGCAUCGCCGUGCAAAACCGUCAACUCCUGAACAGUGCAAAGGGCGGCGUUACUCUCGGCGUGUAUGCCCCCGCCGUGCAUGGCACGGAUGCCCAGCUUCAAUCCGAGCUGGUGGGUAUCUACGACGCAUGGCGCGCAGAACGAAAUACCUCUGCCGGCCCGCAGGCUUUCAUCACCGUGUACGACCCCUUCGCGCUCCCCGCGCUGAUGACAUUCGUCUACAGCCGUGGACCAGACGGGACGAUCAACGGAUUCGCAGCACUCCGUCGACUUGGCGACGGCGGAUACCACAUUGAUCCCUGCAUCGCGGCACCCGGCGCAGCAAAGGGAAUCAGCGACCUCCUCAUCGUCUCCGCAAUGGCACUGCUACACCGAGCAGGCGUAUCAUAUCUAGGCUUUGGCUUUGAACCCGUUCAUGUACUCGCCCGCGAAGAUAUCACCGGUAUGGCCGGACCAUUGGCCAGUCUGACGAAGGAAAUGUAUGGCCAUACAUUCCGGAGGCUACCUAUUCAUGGGAAAAAGGCGUAUCAUGAUAAGUUCCGGCCGGAUGUGGAACAGGAUUGUGGACUUUAUCUUGUUUUCCCUGGCGGGAUGCCGGGUCCCAGACAGUUUUUGGGGAUGAUUCAUAUGGCGAAUAUUAGUCUGAGGAAGAUUUUGUGGGCGGAUUUGAGGGCUUUCAUGUCUAGGCGCAAGCGCAGGCAUAAGGGUGAGAAGACUAGGGUGGAUGGUGAAGGUGAUCCACAGUCACAGUCUCGGGAACAGUCAUAG